AUGUCAGAAAGUGACUGGCAUGAUUGUUUAUCAUUGGAUGAAUCAAUAGAAGAUACACAUUACCAACACCAAAAUCAUCAACAAUACCAUUCACAAUACUCUCCAUUCAUUCAUACCAACAAUUAUCCUCAAGCUUCACAGGACUAUAUAAUACCACCAUUUUCCACCGUCCCACUUUACAACUCACAAACAUAUUCAUGUCAUCACUCCUCUCAAAAUUCAUAUCAUCCAACCUUCUUUCAAAAUUCAUACAAUUCACCAAUCUAUCCUAACUCAUAUUAUCACUCCUCUCAAAAUUCAUGUCAUUACUCCUCUCAAAAUAAUGGUAAUAUGAGUUAUCCUAAUCCACAAACAUAUUCAUGUCAUCAUUCCUCCCAAAAUUCAUGUCAUCAUUCCUCCCAAAAUAAUGAUGUUGAGAUUUCUACAACUACAGAAGAACCCAAAAACCCAACAAAAGAACAACAAUUCCUAAAAAGAAUUGCAGAACAAUACUCCAAAUCCACUCAGAUACCCAAUGAUGAUGGAAUUGGAAAGAAAGAUAGGAUAGUAAUUGAGGAAAACGGAUUAAAAAGAUAUUAUAUUGAUAUUUCAGAACAUUUUGGAUUUGUUAAUCUUGAUAAUUCAAUUGUCACAAACAAAAUAUCUUACAAAUUCACCAAUUAUGAGGAAAAUGUUUCUUCAAGUGCCAACCUUAAAAGAAAGAAGAUUUUGAAACAAAAACUUGUUGGGCAUGAUUUAAUUAGUAAGGCAGAGGGAUUCCGAGAUUUGUACUCCUUUUUGGGGCUUUUAAAAAGAAAGGGUUUGUUAGAUAAUAGACGUAUGGAGGAAGAAGGAUUAACCGCACCCAUUCAACCUGAGACAAGAAAAAAACCUGAGAAAAAAUUGUUUCAAAAAGAAUAUAAUGAACUUAGCUCAAUACAAGAUAAACAGUGGGAAGCGAGUCAAAAGAGAAAAAGAGAAAAAGAAUUGGCUCAACCAAAAUCAAAAAAGGUAAAAAAAAAGAAAGUUCGAAAGCCUUCACACUCCAAUAAGGUAACAGAAAUAGCCUUAAAACAAACCUUAGUUAAAAAUAGAAGACUGGUUUCUAAAGGCACAGUUGAUGAAUUCAGAUUGGAAGGAAAAGUGAAAGAUUUACUUCCCUCAGGAACCUUACAACAAACUCAAUCGACAACAGAUGUAUUGUGUGCAGAUAUAUUUAACGUGAAACUUAAAUCAAUUGGAGAAAAUAGAAACAUCAUAUACCAUUCCAUUCUUCCUACCUGGAUUGGUUGGAUGAAGAAGAAGAAACGAUCAUUGUGUAAGGAAGAUGACAUGAACUUUAAAGAUUUAAUAGUUGCCCUAAAUCUUGAUUAUGCUGCAAAUUCUAAAUUAACAACAUUAACCAUUACUGUUAUUAACAGUAAGUGUUUUGGGUUGGGUCAUUCUCGGGUUGUGUGUGUUCCUUUGGCUGCCUGGAAGGGAGACGAAUCAGAAUUGACACAUAUUGCUGAUCAUUUCAAGAAUGAAAUUGAAAUAAUCAGAAAACAUGGUAUUUCCAUUGAUUCGUAUCAUUGUAGUAUUGAUGUAUUCUUGACAAUGGAUUUAAAGGCCUUGGGUGUUGUUUGUCCUGGAAAGGAAGAAUUUUGGGAGUGUGUUUGUGGUAUCAAAGGUCUUGAAGAUUUGAACAAAGUUGAAGAUGAGGAAUGGAAUGAAGUGAGAGUCUUUCUUCUAGGCAACACAGGUAAUAUUCUUCUUGACAACAGUAAUACAUUGUCUCCUCAUUUCGAAAAUGAGAAGACAAAGGUUUUAUGGGAGUCAUUACGCGACUUCCUACAUAAUAUUGAUUAUGACAAACCAAAUAAUCAAAUUCUUGACUCAGGUAACAAAUUUUGGGCUGUUUAUGUUGCAGCUGUUCAUGGGUUUCCAGGUAAAUCAUGGUAUGCUCACAUAUUGGUGAAACAUAUUGUUUCCUUGCGAGAAAGAGUUGGUCAUGUUAAAGUAUUUGAAACUCAAGCAUUCGAAAGUAGUCAUGUUGAUGAAGCAGACACCAUUAUAAAGGGUUCCAGCAAGGGUGGUGGACAUACACAUACUUUCUAUAAUUCACUUCUCUCCAACACCAGAGACUACACAGAGCACUUUAAAGUUAGUGGCUUCAAAUUUGUGAAAGAGCUUGGUGAUGAUAUUGAAGAUAAUAAGAAUUUAUUGUUGAAUAUCUUUGCUGUCUCUCCCAUUGAAGGUCCUAGGUCGACAAUAGAAAUAGGACAAGAAGAUAAGUUAUUGGCUCAAGUAUUGUUCCGUAAACUUAGAAUAUUAUUUCUCUCAACGGUAAUACCAGAUACCUUUAUGUAUUGUCAACCACAAAGGUUGAGCAACAAGAAGAAGAAGGAGUAUGAAAAGGAUUAUUCUGUGCGGGUGAACAAUAAUGAAGUCAUUUUGAGACAAUUAUGUGAAAGAGAGAAAUAUGAUAGAAUAUUUGAAGAACAUCAAUGCUCACUCCAGACCACCACAGUACCUUUAGACCAUCAGGACUAUCAAAUUUGGAUGACUGAUAGAGCACAACAAAUACCAAAGGGAAAUCUGUUUGGGUUUGGGUUUGGGUUUGGGUUGGGUUUGGGUUUGGGUUUGGGUUUGGGUUUGGGUUUGGGUUUGGGUUUGGGUUUGGGUUUGGGUUUGGGUUUGGGUUUGGGUUUGGGUUUGGGUUUGGGUUUGGGUUUGGGUUUGGGUUUGGGUUUGGGUUUGGGUUUGGGUUUGGGUUUGGGUUUGGGUUUGGGUUUGGGUUUGGGUUUGGGUUUGGGUUUGGGUUUGGGUUUGGGUUUGGGUUUGGGUUUGGGUUUGGGUUUGGGUUUGGGUUUGGGUUUGGGUUUGGGUUUGGGUUUGGGUUUGGGUUUGGGUUUGGGUUUGGGUUUGGGUUUGGGUUUGGGUUUGGGUUUGGGUUUGGGUUUGGGUUUGGGUUUGGGUUUGGGUUUGGGUUUGGGUUUGGGUUUGGGUUUGGGUUUGGGUUUGGGUUUGGGUUUGGGUUUGGGUUUGGGUUUGGGUUUGGGUUUGGGUUUGGGUUUGGGUUUGGGUUUGGGUUUGGAUCAUCUACAUCAUGUUGGUAAAGUUUCAAUAGGUGGUCCUUUAUCAAGAUUUCCACCUUUUCAUACAAGUUGA